CACUUCAGCUUCCGCCUUUUGCACAGUCACAUGUGGCGCCCGUUUAGGUUCACUUCCGCGUUUGAACAGAAACCAUUAAAUCCUUUUGAAUAAUGCAAGCGUUUUAACGCGAAUAUAGUCAGAAGCUUGUUUAUUCAAUGUGUGUUUAUCGAUACCACCGGAUAUUUCGACGUAAUGCCGUUAAGUAUUGUUUAAAGACAUAAGUGCGACAGUUUGGGAAAGAGAAGAUCCCCAGGCUGGGUGGACACAACUAGACAGCUAAUUAAGACCUUUACUUGUAUUUAUCUACAGUAAACACGGUCAUAGGAAUUCUGAAAGGUGUCACCUGUGAAAGUCAUGAUGCUGUCUCUGAGAAUAAUCACUCCUCUUUUCGUACUUCUUGCUGGAGUGCAAGCUGAGUUCCUCACAAAAAACUGCAAGCUGAUUUCAGGGAGCGAUUCUGAGCAAAAUGCGCUCAAUUUACUGGAGCCUCUCACCAAUCAAAACUUCACCGCAGAAAGACCGGGGGAGGGAUAUUUGUAUAUUUUUCAGGUGUGUGGAGAUGCUGGCGGAAUGAAGGAUGCAGGUCUUGUGCAGCAAGAAAAAAAAGAUGGAAAGCUGGUUCGAAUUGGGAACUACAACCAAACACGAGCUAUUAGAGGAAGUGACUGGGUUCUGCUCUUCUAUGAGGGGGGAGAUAAAUAUGACAGCCACUGUUCACAAGAGCCAAGAAGAGCCAUGAUUAUGAUUUCAUGCAGUACGAGUGCUAAGAAUGCAUUUUCAGUGGUUUUGGAGGACAAUCAGAAGGAGCAGGACUGUUAUUACCUGUUUGAGCUGGACUCCAAUGCAGUCUGUCCUGUAAUCCCAUCCAAACUCAGUGCCGGCUCCAUAAUCCUUAUUAUUGUGUUCUGCUGCCUGGCUGUGUAUCUUACUGGUGGAUUCCUCUAUCAGCGACUGGUAGUUGGAGCCAAGGGAGUUGAACAGUUCCCUAACUAUGCCUUUUGGUCAGAGAUUGGCAACUUAUCUGCUGACGGAUGCAAUUUUGUCUGUCGUUCCCGUGGCAACAGAGAAGAAGCGCCCACAUAUAGAGGCGUGGGUACUGAACCUCUUGGGGAAGAGCAAGAGGAAAGGGAUGACCAUUUACUUCCCAUGUGACCAAAUCACAUCAACCAAUGAGAAGAGGCUGGACAGUUAUUACGGUUUUGGAACCCAAAGAGAGAUGUUCAGUUCAGAAGGCGUGUUUCUAGUUCAGAAGUGCUGCUGUUUUUUGUUUUUUUUACUACCCAAUAGCACUUAAUCUCUAUCCCUUAAAAUGUUGAUUUGGUGUUUGUUAAAUGUUAAAGUUUGCUAACUAGUUUUCAAAAAUCCAAAACCCACAAAUAUAUUUGAUCAUUUGAUACUUAUGACAAGAUAUCAUCGACAUGCAACACUGCCCGUGUUUUCUCUAUAGGAAGUAAAAGACAUCAACGCUGCUCGACUGAUUUACUUGUAGUUUGGUACAAGUGCUUAAUUUGUUUAGAAUGGUUAAAUCAACUUUUACUUGGAGUAUGAACCCAUGUUUGAUGAAACUUAAAUUAAUUUUUAAGCUUAUGCUCCACCAACUCAAUCAAUUAAAUGUUUAAAAAGUUUUUCUUAUUUCCAGAUUUUCAAAAAAAAUUCACUAAUAUCGAUUAUUUGAAAAAUUGGACUCAUUCCCAAUUCCAAAUUAGCUAUUUGUUGUGAAAUAUUGUGUUAGUAUAAAGAAGUUACAAGGAUCUGAUGAGGCCUACCUCUUCAGCCUGUUACAGCCUGUAUGUGAUGUUUCUGAAUGAUGUUAUUAAUGCUAUCAUAAAGGUUAUUAAUACAUUUGAAGAAAAGUAUGCCUUCUAGAAGAUAAAAAGGUUUUCUGUGAGAGACCCAUUUGUGGCACAUUAUUGUUGAUAACAAUUAACAGUUGAAGUGAAACAACAUGAAAGGGAAUGUGUUUCCGUUUGGUUGGUUUUCUUUUCACUUUGGCUGCUCGAUAUUGCAAAUGUUUAUGAUACUUAGACUGUGAUCUAUUUCAUACAGUAUAAAUAACUGUAAAUCCUCACUGGAAACCACGGCAAAAUUCCAGACUAUGUUUUCCUUUCACCACUUUUGUUUAAGUACUGUUUGUUUGAAUGCAUUGAAGCUUUUUUGUUUUUUAGUGGAGUCAUAUAUUUCCCCUAAACAUAACCAUGUUCUUGAGGAGCCAAGAUCGUGAAUGAGCUUAAACACUCCUGUUUUUGAGGUAUAUAGAUCAUAGCCUUACAACUAUUUGCAGAAUCAGGAGGAAGAGAGCUGAUGGUUAUCAACCCAAGCCAUACAAGGUGCUGUGAAGUUUUGGUCUGUGUAUAAAAGCUAGAGGCUCCUUGAAAAGCACUUCUAAUCAUCAGAUCGAAAAUGCUGGUUUAGCUUCUGCUUUAACAACUAGAGUCCAAAUUAAUAGCAGAAAGAUAUAUGAUGCAUUGAUUUGGCUUGGUUCUGAUGUACUGUACUUCAGGCCUGUGCAAAGAGGGGACUUCACUGUCCUUGCUACUGCUUUAUUCUUUACCAUUUUAGUGUGAAAAUAUAAAUUUUGUUUGCUUUGGAAUUGUUGAGGAGAAAGUGUGAAUAAAGUGUUUGAUUACUGGUGGG